AGCUCUUCCUCCAAGCAGUGACCAGGCCAAAGCCCCCUGCCCACUUCCUGGGGCUUGAGGAUAAAGGGGCUGAGAGGCCUAGGCAGGAGGACGUUGUGGAGACCGGGCAUGAUGUGGAGCUUGCUGUGUCUGACCCUCCUCUUUGUUGGGUGUACCACUGCUGGAACCCCAGAACCUGUGUCUGAGGAUGUACUGGUGGGCAUCGUGGGGGGUAACAGCGCCCCACAGGGGAAGUGGCCAUGGCAGGUCAGCCUAAGGAUCUACAACUACUACACGGCCUCCUGGAUGCACAUCUGUGGGGGCUCCAUCAUUCACCCACAGUGGGUGCUGACUGCUGCCCACUGCAUUCGCAAGAGAGAUGCUGACCCUUCAUCCUUCCGGAUCCAUGCUGGGGAUGUCUACCUCUAUGGGGGCAAGGAGCUGCUGAGAGUGAGCCAGGUCAUCAUGCACUGGGACUAUGUCGAUGCUGGCCUGGGUUCAGAUGUGGCUCUGCUCCGGCUGGAGAAACCCCUGGACUUCUCUGCCAACAUCAAGCCUGUCAGACUGACCUCUGGGUCUCUCGAGAUUAACGAGAAGGAUGAGUGCUGGGUGACUGGCUGGGGUACAGUGAGCAUGUAUGCACCACUGCCUCCUCCCUACCGCCUGCAACAGGUGCAGGUGAAGAUAGUGGACAAUGACCUUUGUGAGGAGCUCUACCACAAAGCCUCCGGCCACCGCAAUCAAGAUCGGAGAAUCAUCCUACAGGACAUGUUAUGCGCAGGCAGUGAGGGCCGAGACUCCUGCUAUGGCGACUCAGGUGGCCCUCUGGUCUGCAGGGUGGCAGGCUCCUGGAACUUGGUGGGAGUGGUGAGCUGGGGCUACGGCUGUGCCCUGAGAGACAUCCCUGGGGUCUAUGCCCGCGUGCAGUCCUUCCUGCCCUGGAUCACUGGUCAGAUAAAGAAGUUCUCCUAA